AGGAACUUCAGCGACAGGGAGCCAAACUUGUUCUCGAAUGAAAUGACAACAGUGUGCGGUAGUUUCACCCUAAAGUAUAGAAUGGCGACAUUUUCAAACUAGUGUUUGUUAAGUUUAUGGCCGAUGGGAUGAAAGCGCGACUCCAACGGCUCAACCUGUUCAACAGCAGACAGGAGCAGAAAGAUGUCCCUGAGAUCAUCAGUACGCUGAGGCAAGCUGGUAAGACCUCUGCUCGCAACGAUGAUGCCACAGAUAAAACCUCCACAAGUUCUGGAGGCUCGGAAUCUUCAGAAAGCGCAACAGUCUCUUCUCGUUCCUCAUCGGGUUCCAUAGCAGCCACCUCAGCGGUCUCCCCAACAAACUUCGCCAAGAAGUUUGAGGUUUUGUUUUGUGGCCGGGUGAGCGUCGCUCACAAAAAAGCCCCCCCUGCACUUAUUGAUGAGUGUAUUGAUAGGUUUGGCCAGUCUCAUAGCUCAGGGGACACUGGUGGACACGAAGCCGGUCCAGAGAGGGCGCUGGCCUCCCAAUCAAAUGGACUGGAGAGUGUUACUACCGAACGGAGCACCGCAAAGCGCCCCCUUCUUUUUAAGCGGGACCCAAGCUUCCCUUCUCUACAGGCUUUGGAUGAAAAUGGACUAUCUCCAGAGCUCUCUCAUGGCAACACUACUGAGGCUCACAUACUCUCAACUGGAGUUCGGCCCACCAGCCUACAGGAGAACCGGACUAUGCUGUUCACGGUUGGCCGCUCUCAGAUCUAUCUGGUCAGUCCAGACACCAAAAAAGUUGCAAUCGAGAAGAGUUUCAAAGAAAUCUCCUUCUGCUCACAGGGUAUUCGGCACGUGGAUCACUUCGGCUUCAUUUGCAGAGAGACAGUCGAUGGAGGAAACUGUCACUUUGUGUGUUACGUUUUUCAGUGCACAGAUGAAUCCCUGGUGGAUGAGAUCAUGCUGACUCUGAAACAGGCCUUUUCUGUAGCAGCUUCGCUGCAGAAUGUGAAGAGCCAGGCACAACAGUGUGACAGCUGCCCCAUGCAGCAGCUCCAUAAACUGUGUGAAAAAAUAGAAGGUCUCAACCCUUCCAAAGCUAAGCUGGAGCUGCAGAAACACUUGGCCUCCCUGGAUAACCAUGAGCAAGCUUCGAUCUUUGAAAACACAAUGAGAGCCUGUCCAAAGAGUGACAAGGAAGAAAACGAGUUAGUGAUGGUGUCUUUGAGGAAGCUUUAUGAGGAGUGGCAGAACAGUCAUCAGCACACAGCUAAUGGUGAAACUAAGCAGGUAGAGGAGGCAGCUCCCGGCCCCGUGGAGGUUCCGCAGCAAAGCAGUAGUCGGCAGAGACUGGAACAGUUCAAGAGCAGAGCUAAGCGUUCUCUCACAGAGUCCCUGGAGGGCAUUUGGAAGGGAAGCAGCAAGGCCAGAGCUCAGAGGGACAACAGUGUUGGAAGUGACAGCAGCGCAUCCAUUUGUACAACCAGCAACAGCCAGGACCAGUCAAGUUUCGAUGACCCGCUCCCUGGCUCAUCUCAUCUGCGACCAACCAGCCCUCUCAAGUGCCACAACUCGACAGGAGACUUGAAGCACCUGGACAACUCCCUCCUGUCUUCCUCCUCCUCUUCUAUGUUAACCAGUGAGGGACAGCAGCAGGGCUUUCGCAGACGGGCCAGCACCUACAGCCACUCGCCCACCACCGCUUCUGCAGAGUUCUCAUUGGAGAACCCACUGUUUUGUACGCCAAAGCAGGACACCACUGCAACUACUGCAGCCAAACACAAACUUGUACGACACUACUCUGUCAGCACGGACUCGCCCCAUCAGAGCAAACAAAUAGGCUCCACUGCCCCUUCUGCUACUUCCUGCUCUUCCCUUCCCUCUCCUCUACCUCCUCAUCAUCCUUCUUCACCUUCAACCGCAGCAAGGCUCAGUAAAAGAAGACCAUUGGUCGGUCUGCGUGCUCGUCUCCACUCCUCAUCCUCUGUUCCUAAUUUUCUCAAAUUUCAAUUCCUGGCACCUGUCCAAGAGAAUGAUUGGCCUGAAACCAAUAUCAGUGAUGUUGGAGCCAUCUCACCUGUCGGUGGACUGAGCGUGGUGGGUGAGAGCCCUCUACGCAGCCAACGCCAUUCAUGGAGGCAACAGAUCUUCCUGCGAGUUGCUACACCACAGAAGAACUCAGAGUCAAGUGAGCGGCUGGACUCCUGUCUAGAUGGGAUUCAAAUAGUGGUUGGAGGAGGAGUGGUGCAUGAAGAGAGGACGAAAAAGAGCGGAGCUGAGCUGCGGGAGCUCUGGAGGAAGGCUAUUCUGCAGCAGAUCCUCCUGCAGAGGAUGGAGAGAGAGAACCAGAAACUGCAGGCCUCGGAGAGCAACCUGCAGAACAAGCGUCUGAAGCUGGACUAUGAAGAGAUCACGCCGUGUCUAAAGGAGGUGACUCUGGUGUGGGAGACCAUGCUAGGAACUCCUGCGAGGGCUAAAGUCAAAUUUGACAGCGAUACCGUCCAUGCUGCUGUUGCACAAGGUGUCCCAAGACAGCAUCGGGGCGAGAUCUGGAAGUUUCUCUCCGAACAGUACCUCCUCAAACAGACCGUCCCUUCGCGACCACCAACCAAGGACAUUCCUUACAAAGAGCUACUGAAGCAGCUCACCUCGCAGCAACACGCCAUCCUCAUAGAUCUCGGGCGCACUUUUCCCACUCAUCCAUAUUUCCAGGCUCAGCUGGGGGCGGGGCAGCUGUCUCUCUACAAUUUACUGAAGGCAUACUCUCUUCUGGACCCUGAGGUGGGCUACUGCCAGGGCCUGUCCUUCAUGGCAGGCGUGUUGCUGUUACACAUGGGGGAGGAGGACGCCUUCAACAUGCUCAAAUUUCUCAUGUAUGACGUCGGGCUCCGGAAACAAUACAGGCCUGACAUGAUUAUCCUGCAGAUUCAGAUGUACCAGUUGUCUCGGCUGCUCCACGACUACCACCGAGAUCUGUACAGCCACUUGGAGCAGCAGGAGAUCGGGCCCAGUUUAUACGCUACGCCCUGGUUCCUCACAGCCUUCGCCUCACACUUCCCCCUCGGAUUUGUGGCCAGAGUCUUUGAUAUGUUAUUCCUGGAGGGGUCAGAGGUCAUCUUCAAAGUGGCCCUGAGUCUGCUGGGGAGCCACAAGCCCCUUAUUCUCCAGCAUGACAGCCUGGAGUCCAUCGUGGAGUUCAUCAAGACGACGCUACCCAACCUGGGUCUGGUCCAGAUGGAGAAGACCAUCAACCAGGUUUGUCAGAUGGACGUGUCCAAGCAGCUGCAGGCCUACGAGGUGGAAUACCACGUCCUGCAGGACGAGCUGUUGGACACUCCGCCAACCCUCAACCAGCAGCAGCGAGCGGCUCAGCUGGAGAGAACUAAUCAGAGCCUCCGGCAGCAGAACCUGGACCUGCUGGAGGAGCUGCAGGUGUCUCACGCUCGUGUGUGCAGCCUGGAGAGUCGGGUUGCCAGUUUAGCUCAGUCGGAGGUCCAACUGAGGGAGCAGGUCUCCGCGCUGGAGGACGACAAGAGGAAGCUGAUGGAGACAGCGUCGCGCCUGCAGGAGCUGCUGCUCAGCUACGGCAUCCAUGCCUCCCCUGACGGACUCAGACACCCCCCUAACACAGAAGGUCACACAGUAGUUAAAGGUGAGAGCGUAGAGAGCGAGACAGUUGACUCCCUACACCACCCCUGAGCUCCGUCGUAGCACUCUUAAACCUGCGAUUACACCCGUCAUGAGGUUAACAGCGGGUCAGCCGACCUAAGCAGUGUCCACCUUUGACCUUUUCCAGGCUUCCUUCAGUGUUAAAAAACUCAGGUGAGCAGUCGGAGCAUUUUGACUUCUAUAGUAUCUGUAGGUGCCGCCCGCAUGUGAUCUCAAAUCCCCAAAGAUAGCACUGAUCGUUCUGCAGCUCCGCCCCUGAGUUGAAGCAGGGAGGCAGACAUUACCAAAGUUUUUUUUUAAGACUCUUCUUUAGACUUUAUUAAAAAUGUUGCCAAAGAUUAAAAAAAUAUGGGAAAAAUUGAAGAGCUGAAACUAAAGAAUGUAAGAAUGUAGAUUCCUGCCACAAACUUGACUGCAGCGGAGAGCAGGAAGUGCAACACACCCCACACCCUGUUUGUCAAGUUACUUCUAGGAGCAAAAUAGGUACUAUUUUGCUCCUCAACGUUGAUUCGAAUAAUGACUUUCUUCAACGGUGACAUCCACACUACUGUUUUCUUUUCUUCAUUUGAACUGUCUCGUCCUCACAACCCUGGACUGACUAACCAUCUGCGACAGAAGAAGCUGUGGGCGAGAAAAACUUCCUCAGUAACUGCUGUGACCUUCUCUCAACACUCCAGUGCCUCAAAAGUUUGAAAUGCCGUCUGAUAAUUGUUCACGAGAGUAGUCUGUUCUGUUCUUUGUCUAACACUGUUUUACACAAGCUUGUGUCAUCUCAUUUUUGAUGUCAAGGCAAACCACGAAGGCACCUUUAAGCAUGUCCAAACCACCACUUUCUAAAUGUGUACAUGGUUUUUAGCAUAGUCUCUGUGUUACUCUUCAUGCCUAAGAGUUUUUGCUCCGUGUAGAAGCCUGAGUGAGGGUCCACACGACUUUCCAAAACCCCUGUGACAGAUUUUAAAUGUGCCUUUCAAUCGCAACUUUGCCAAUUCCAGUAUGAAAUAUUUUAAAACCACGGUCUUGUUAUGAAGUUCUCAUGUAUUUUGCUGCUGUAAAGACUCCAGCAGUUUUUAGAUUAAACAGACCAAACACACUCGCUUUUGUCUGCCUUUUUUAAACUACUAGAGCAUUUACUCAAGUACAUUCAUUGGUGUGUCGAUGUGUGUGAUCUGGCCUUCACAUCGACUGCAUUUAGUGAGGCGUAUGGAAAUGGAGUCGCCAUCAGUUGAAAACAUCUGCCUUACAAUCAUAUUGUACCCCAAUUUCGUCUGUGUUGCUCAUCGGCGGUGUAUACAAAUGGUGUCACCAAGAGCAAGGCUUUGAAAAGAGGUGUGGUGACGGCAAGAGACGAUGCUUUUCUAACGUGCAUGCGCCUUAUCUUGUUGUUUCGAUCUACGUUGGCAGCCAAACCUGUCUGGGAGGAAGGCCACUGACUUUUUGGGUCAAUGUAU